CUCGUCCCUGUCCUGCCGCAUCGCCCCAUCCUUCCUCGAUCCGAUCGCAAGGAGGAGAAGGGAGAAGUGGGAAGAGGAAGAGAGAUCGGAGAUGGGUGGUGGAAAUGGGCAGAAGUCCAAGAUGGCGCGCGAGAGGAACAUAGAGAAGAACAAAGCCGCCAAGGGCAGCCAGCUGGAAUCGAACAAGAAAGCCAUGACCAUUCAGUGCAAGGUAUGCAUGCAAACAUUUAUAUGUACCACAUCGGAAGUCAAGUGCAGAGAACAUGCUGAAGCAAAGCAUCCCAAGUCUGAUGUUUCUCAGUGCUUCCCCCACCUUAAGAAGUAGUAAGCAAGCGACAAGGAAGCCUAUCAAGUGUGGUUGAAAUAGGUAUGGGUAAAAUACCUCUGAAUGGUAAUAUAAAGGUUGCAGACUUUAUUGAUCUGAACUAUUUGUGUCUUUCAUCUUUAUAUCACCAUCACAUAUGUUGUGUGUUUUAAACUAAUUAAGAAUGUGUGUGUGCUUCUUUCCGGACCAAAAUUUUCUUCUUCUCUUUCUGAUA